AUCUAGCUUGCCAGGAAGUUUUGUCUGAGAGGUUUGAAACCUCAGCAAUGGCUACAGGGUGACUUCUUGGGUUCUCCACGUUUCCGGGUCCUAGUGAAGACCGGUGGACCCAGCUGGGGACAUGAGCUUAUCAUCUGGGCUCCCACUGAGGCUGCUGCUGCUGCUGCUGCUGCUACUGCUGUGGUCUGUGGCCCCGCAGGCGCGGCCGCCGCGUUCGCAUUCUCUACGAUACCUCUUCAUGGGUGCCUCAGAGCCAGACCUCGGGCUGCCUUUGUUCGAGGCCAUGGGCUAUGUCGAUGACCAGCUCUUUGUGUCCUACAAUCAUGAGAGUCGCCGUGCUGAGCCCAGGGCCCCGUGGAUCUCCGGGCAGACCUCGAGCCAGCUGUGGUUGCAGCUAAGUCAGAGCCUGAAAGGAUGGGAUUACAUGUUCAUUGUGGACUUCUGGACCAUCAUGGGCAACUAUAACCACAGUAAGGUCACGAAGCUGGGAGUGAUGCCGGAGUCCCACAUCCUGCAGGUGAUCCUAGGCUGUGAGGUGCAUGAAGACAACAGUACCAGUGGCUUCUGGAGAUAUGGCUAUGACGGGCACGACCACCUUGAAUUCUGCCCCAAGACGCUGAACUGGAGCGCAGCCGAGCCAGGGGCCUGGGCCACCAAGGUGGAGUGGGAAGAGCACAAGAUCCGAGCCAGGCAGAACAGGGACUACGUGGAGAAGGACUGCCCGCAACAGCUGAGACAGUUCCUGGAGCUGCGGAGAGGAAUUCUGGGACAGCAAGUGCCUACUUUGGUGAAAGUGAGUCGUCACUGGGCCUCUACGGGGACCUCUCUAAGGUGUCAGGCUCUGAACUUCUUCCCCCAGAACAUCACUAUGAGGUGGCUGAGGGACAAUCAGCCACUGGAUGCCAAGGACGUGAACCCUGAGAUUGUGCUGCCUAACGGGGAUGAGACCUAUCAGGCCUGGCUGACCUUGGCCGUGGCCCCUGGAGAUGAGACAAGGUUCACCUGUCAAGUGGAGCACCCAGGCCUGGAUCAGCCUCUAACUGCCACCUGGGAGCCCUCGCCAUCUCGGGCCAUGAUUAUUGGAAUCAUCAGUGGGAUCACCGUCUGUGCCAUUGUCUUUGUUGGAAUUCUGUUCCUAAUCUUAAAGAAAAGGAAGGCUUCCGGAGGAACCAUGGGUGACUAUGUCCUAACGGAGUGUGAGUGACCUACAGCCUGCAGAACCACGGGAGGAAGACUCAGCCAAAGACUUGGAGGAAGCACACGUGCUCCAUUCUAGGACAGAGUUGGACCUAACACACAGGAACUGCCUGACAACUGUGCUCUUAGCUUUCCCUGUUCACUUUCUUAAGGUGUUUUCUCCAGUUAAGUUCAGUUCCUGAAGGAUAGUGACUGCUCCAGUGGCAACCUCUCCCUCCAGAAGUGGUCUUAUGAUUCCUAAGCUGCUUCUUGGAGGCAUCCUUCAUUUCCUGCGUCCAUCUAGACUGUGUAGGUCUACCUUAAAAGCCCCUCUAAAUUUGGGGGAUACAUGAUCUGAAGAAAUUAUGAAUCUUUAUCCUAGGAUGCACACACAUACUUGUGCCAGAAAUUUUCAUUCAUAUCUUAGAAUCCAGGACCCACUCAACUGUCCUUUGAGCCUUUCCAUCUGAUAUCUAGUGACUCCUCUGUCACCAAGCCCUGACUUCUCUGCCAUUGGAGGGUUAUAAGAGUCUUCAAUAACACCAUGAAGGCCACACACUGUGCAACUUGAGGAGCCACCCUCUGAGAAAAUACAGAUGUUUGUGUACAGAA